AUUAAAUCUAUCCUUCCUGAAAGGGAAUCGGGAUAAAAAGUUUGAGGUGGACACACGAGUAAAAGUCUGGAGAGUCGAAGGGAAAGGGUUAACUCCAGAGAGAAGAUGAGUGACAUAGAGGCAUCCGAGCAACCUCAGCCAGAGAGAAAAGUUAUCGCGACAGGUGUGGAGGGAACUGUGAAAUGGUUCAAUGUGCGCAAUGGAUAUGGCUUCAUCAACAGAAAUGAUACUAAAGAAGAUGUGUUUGUUCAUCAGACUGCAAUUAAAAAAAAUAACCCAAGAAAGUUUCUCAGAAGUGUGGGGGAUGGUGAGGUUGUGGAAUUUGAUGUUGUCGAAGCAGCUAAAGGCUCAGAGGCAGCAAAUGUGACCGGUCCAGGGGGUAUACCAGUCAAAGGCAGUCGAUAUGCCCCCAAUAAACGAAGAUUCCGUAGGCGCUUUUACCCCCGUAAUGCACAACCUGCUGAAGGAGAGGAGAAAUCUGGGGCGGCUCCAGCAGGGCCCAUAUCUGAGGGAGAAGGCAGUGAAGAGAAAGGAGCCCCUCUCCCACAUCCUCGACGCCAGCGUCCACGCAGAAGACCUGUUCAGCCACAAGGCGAGGGAGAAGCUGGAGAGAAGGAGGAAGUAGAGGGUGCCCAGCAGAGGCCGCUACCACGCAGGUUCAGACCUCGAUUUCGAAGGAUGGAGAUGAACCUGAAAAACCUGAGUCCCCGGCUCAGGCCUCCAAACCUGCUGAUGUCAAAUCCUCUUCUGAAGCUUCCCCGAAACAAUCCCUUAAAAUGGAUGCACUUCCUCCCACAACUUCCAAGUCCUCAGAAUGAUUCUUUGACCUGGAAGGAAUCAUGUGACCCCUGGCAAGAGGUUCCCAGUUGGGAUAGUUUGGGGGUAGGACCUUGCUUAUCUCGUCAAACAUUCAACCAAUGUGCAAUCAACUUGCCCCUCACUUCUACAUCCUUCUCCCAACCCGAACUUGAUUCAUCAUUUGAGGUCUGGAACAUUUCUGUCAGGAAGAGAGAAAAAGGAUGGAUGAAAAGGAAGGGGCUGGUGAUGAAGGGAGGGUUGGGUUGAUGCAUAUUUAGCCGUUAAAAAUUAAAAAUGAAGAAAUAAAACAGUGAAUGAAACCUGCUCUGAAAGCCCAUUAUAUUUUCCCUUUGUAGUUUUGUUCUGUACUAUGGGCAAUGAGCAGUAGAGAAAACUUGACCAGUUCGGCUACUUUAUGUUAAUCAGUGAGAGGAAAUGCCAUCCAGUGUGAUGAGCCCUGCGCUGACUCUUCUCUUACUUAUAACUAGAUAAAAAGGGAAAAUAGGCAUCCAUUUAAAAUACAAACUGGUUUAAGAUUGUCCAUUUCUUUUAUUUUUCUUUUGGUAUGUUCUUUUCUUUAAUUGGGGUUGUGUGCAAUGCCAGUGAAGUAAAUAAAGUAUUUGCAAAGCC